AUGGAGGCGAGCAAGGCCACAGAAGAGUGUGGCAGGCAGGCCUCGUGGAGAGGGAAGGACAAAGAGGAUGGCGUAGAUGAAGAAGGCGACAGCAACGAAGACGAGAGACUCAACGCACAUCCGCUGGAAGCUCCACGGUGGAGUGUGAUGCUUCAAGAUGCACUUGAAACAUAUUUCAACAAAGGCGUCCCCGUCCCGUCAGUGGGGUCGAGCGCGCUGAAGGAAAGCCAGGCGAUCACCCCAGACAGUUUUGUUCACCGACAGUUCAUUCACGACGCAGACGGGGUCUUCUACAAAAUCGAAGCCACGGCCCCAUUCCCUGCAUCGUACUCCCCUUCGUCCUUCUCCCACUCUUCCUCCUCUUCCUCUUCCUCCUCUUCGUCCUCUUCGUCCUCUUCGUCUUCCUCCGCUUCUUCUUCUUUUGUCUGUGACGAAGACAGCGCUGCGUCUCCCGUGAAGAAACGGUGCGUCGACGGGGGCUGGGAAGGCCUGUCUCCGGAGUUCGUCGAGCCCUCGCAAGUUCUCCUGUAUGUUUCCUACCCUCACUUCCAAGGUGUCUGGACUGCAGGAGCCUCCGAAGUUUUGCUUCACUACCUCACCGGCAAGGAACUCGCGGAAUGCCGCGUGAUGGCCCUCGACCGAACAGCCUGCCGCUACGACCUCCUCAUCGAAGUCGCCGGCCUGCCCAAAGCCCCCGCGUUGCUCCUUCCUGACGCCCCGCUCUCCCGUCGAAUUCCCUAUCUCGCCUGGUAA